AGUCCUUAGUAACACUACACUCCAGGAGCUGAGAGGGGUUCCGAUAAGGAUUGAUCUCCCAAGAUAUCGACAUGCUAAAAUCCUCUAUUUAUCCGCUUGCUAAUCCCAAGGGUGUCAAAAUGGAAUGUGAGAUAUGUCAAAAAACCGCUCACAUUAUGUGCACCCAGUGCAGGGUGACUUUCUACUGUGAUGUAACACACCAAGCGGCGGAUUGGAAUGGAAUCCAUGAGAAGAUUUGUCAGCUUCUGAUUCCAGUACGGAUGCCACUGCCAUUCUUCAGCUCUAAAAAGGAGCGAGAACACAGUAAGGAGCAGCUGGUGCUGAGACAGAAAUAUCUCAUUGAUCUGACACGAACUGUGGCUCAAAAGCUUCUAUUUGAAGGUAGACACGAAGAGGCCAUUCCUGGAGCCUUGCAGUCUAUGCGCUUUGCGUCUGCUGUCUACGGCAGCCUCUCCGCUGAGUUAGUGCCAUCGCAACUACUCCUGGCUGAAGCUAGCAUUGGCCUUGGCCGACUGCAUGAAGCAGAAGAAUAUCUAUCUCAAGCUCAGUGGACAAUGAUGAAGGCCACGGGGUGCAUUAAUGCCAUUCAAUACAAGUUGUACAGAAAUCUGGGACUGCUGUACACUGCUAAAUGUGAAUAUGACAAAGCACUCUGGUACUUUGCUGAUGAUAUUUACCAUGCCACUCGGGUAUUUGGUGUGUCGGAUGUUCACGCGGCUGGUGGGUAUUACCACAUGGCCAAUGUGUUUUACAAACAGGAAAAGACGGACGUAGCAGGCUCACUGUACUCAGAGGUGACCGAUAUCUGGAAAAAUUUCUUGGCUGAACUGGUUGAGACGGAAAUACAAAAAUCUCUGUGGAAAGCUGGCCUCAGUUCACCAGAACCUGGCACCAGCCUUGUUGAUGUGGAAGAUGUUUUUGAUGCAUCUCAGAAAGCAGAAGCAGUCAAGAUCCUACAUGUGAUUUUUGACAUGAGAAACCAAGAGCUCCUUGUGAAAAACGGCAAAAUUGGAAAUAUUGCUCACACCCUGGCAAUGCUUUAUUAUCUGUUCCAAGACUUUAGCAAGGCAGUCAAAUACGGGGAACUGGCUUUGGAAGACAACAAGAUGUUUGUACACAACGAAAAAGAGAUUGCAACAAUCCAACGUCUUCUCACAGCGGCUAAAAAAGCACUGUCAUAUCCUGGUGGAAAGGGACCGUCCCCAUAUGAUUGGGCUAACUCGUGCUAAAAAUUGCUAUAUUAUUAUGUCAGGUUAUUCAUUUUGAAUACCAAAAUGGAGAUGUGGUUACAUUUUCAAACACUCACAUGGACGGGGCCUGAGGCUCUCCAAUAUUUUGGCAAUAUAUUAAUAAAAACAGAAAACUAUCUGUGUUUCUUGAACAAAAUAUUACAGCAAAUGAGGGAGUGCAAGCAUUACCUGUGGCAGUUUAAAAACCAGUAUCAUACAACAA